CUGUGAUGGUCCUGUCGCUCCUCUCCUUUGCCAUGUUGGUUGGUUGUUACUCGGCGGGUUCCAUCCCUCUCGUCAUGACCAUGUCUGAGGACCGUAUGGAGGUAGUGACAGUGUUGGGUGCCGGCCUACUUGUGGGCACAUCUCUCACUGUCAUCAUUCCUGAGGGAGUCAACACACUGUUCAGCAUGGAAACAAGCACAAAAGGCAGUCACACUGAAGGCCACAGCCACACUGGUGAGGAGCAGGCGCACACAGAACCACACAACCUCAUCGGACCACCGCUUGUCCUUGGGUUCCUGUUGAUGUUGCUCAUAGACCAGUGCUCAGGUGGCCAUCGCAAAGCAGGUGAUGCAGAGAAUGGAGUUACCAAAGGAAGGAGAAGUUCGUGACAAGCCACCUUAGGCUUAGUGGUACAUGCUGCAGCUGAUGGCAUAGCACUUGGGGCUGCAGUCUCAUCAUCACACACGGAUGUUGAAAUGAUCGUUUUUUUCGCCAUCAUGCUACACAAGGCUCCUGCAGCAUUUGGGUUUGUGACCUUUUUGUUGCAUGACGGACUAGAGAGAAAUCAAAUUCGGCGACACUUGCUCGUGUUCGCCCUUGCUGCUCCCAUCGGUGCCGUGGUCACAUAUGUUGCAAUUGUCCCCGAGUGGCACGGAGUCCUUCUCAUCCUCCCACACACAGGCAUCGCUAUGCUCUUCAGUGCUGGGACCUUCCUUUAUGUAGCCACAGUACAUGUCCCUGCCAGAGCUCACCAGCCACAGCCGAAGGAGAGGGGAGGCAACCAUUUCUCCCGCAAGCAGUUGCUGGCCCUCAUUUGUGGCUCUUUGCUGCCUCUGUUCCUCACAUUUGGCCACCAUCACUAGGCAAUUUGUCUCCUUGUGUUAUUCAUCUUCAUGGCUUACCAUAUCUGAUGUC